UUGCCAGAGCGAUAAAAACAGAGCGAGGCAGGAAGGAAGCGACGACAUUAAAGCAGCUCUGAACUCAGCCACCAGGACGACCUCCACGUUUCAUAAAGCCUUCGCUUUUCUUUCUGGCAUUAAGUUUAUGUUUUAUUUCUUUUUGUUUUGUUUGUUUUUGGCUUUUAUCCCGUGUUGACUCUGCUUUUUAACGCCGCCAGCUGACUUUGACGCAAUAUGUCUUCAGAGAAAACCUUCAAACAAAGAAGGACCUUCGAGCAGCGAGUAGAAGAUGUCAGACUGAUCCAGGAGCAGCACCCCAACAAGAUUCCUGUCAUCAUUGAGCGAUAUACAGGAGAAAAGCAGCUGCCCAUCCUGGAUAAAACCAAGUUCCUGGUACCGGACCAUGUCAACAUGAGCGAACUCAUCAAGAUCAUCCGGAGGCGCCUCCAGCUGAACUCCAACCAGGCCUUCUACCUGCUGGUCAACGGCCACAGCAUGGUGUCCGUGUCGGCGCCCAUCUCUGAGGUGUACGAGCGCGAGAAGGACCAGGACGGCUUCCUGUACAUGGUGUACGCCUCUCAGGAGACGUUCGGCCGCCACAGCCGGGGCCCCUGGGGGCCCUCGCCUCCAUUGCUGUAGCUCCAUGGCUGUGUUUAUGACCAGGUGUUUAUACGAGGUCACAUCUCUAUGGAUCCAUUUAUAUAAAUAUAUACAUAAACCGUUAUUAAGCCCAGCUGUAUGGUUGGAGGUUCAAUAGGAAGCAGCUCCUGGUUCUCCUGUUGUUUUCAUGCAGGAUUUUAUUCAAAGUUUGGGGAUUUUUUUCUUUUUUUUUUUUUUUUAGAAACUGUGGAGUAGAUGUUUAUUGCCCGCUGUUUCCUGAUUCCCAUCAUGCUCCCAUUUUUAUUCCCGUCUCUCCCUUCCUCUCGCCGUAACGGCUUCGCUCUCGGAACAGACGGUCGUUUGCGUAAAAUAAACAGAAAUCUAAGCGAUAAUGUGCAGCUUUUUUUAGGAGCGUCACCAAGUCGAGUUGUGGACCCACUACAAGAAGCUGCUGAUGAUGAUGAUGAUGAUGGCGCCUGUGAGGAAGGGCGGGGGUGUCUUUGUCUUCUUCUUCCCUCGUUUCACUUCUUCGUUAAAAACUCCCAGAAGUUGGGAGCGCUGCGAUCGUGGGAAUCAAACGCCUCCCCGGUGGGUUUGUUUUAAAGGGCUGAACGCGCUCCUCCUCUUCCUCCUCCUCAUCUUCAUCAUAACAUGUUGAGGUUUAGCUGCUUUAUACUGAAGUGUUAUUAUUGUUUGUUUUAUUUAAUGUGCUUUUAUUCCAUGGUUUUGUAAAGGUGAUCUGUUACAGAGGUCAUUAAAUCCAGCAAUAUCUCACAGCAUCCUUUAUGUAUUUAUGUUGGUCUUUUGUAAACAAUAAAAACAUGCAAAAUAUUAUUGUCUUUAGUUUUUGGGAGUAAAAACAUCCUUAAAGAUCUGCUUUGUUUUAAAGACCUGCAGCUGAAACCAAAAACUUCAUUUUUCUGUUUAAGUUUAAUUUGAACAAACGUCUCCAGUUUUCAUAGAAAUCUGUUUGAUAAAAGCAGGAAAAUUUAGUGAGAUAAAAUAUAUUUAUGUUUUUACAACUUUCAUUGAAUUAAUAAAACUACUUGGAUUUCAA